AAUGCCGAUACUCAAAUCUAAUGCUCAUCAUCCUCCUCUCUAUCUCCAUGUCCACCCUCAGAGUCAGACCUCCACGUUUCGUUCCAAAGCCAGUCUCAGACCCUCUCCUUUCUCUCUUCCACACCCGCUUUCUCUCACUCCACAAACACAAGCCCACCAAUUGGAACACAACCCACAAAUCAGUUCAAGCAAACCCACUUCUCUCCCUAUUAGAAACAUGCAAAUCCAUGUCCCAGCUGAAGCAGAUCCAAUCCCAAAUGAUCCUCACGGGGCUAAUCUCAGAUGGGUUUGCUUCGAGUCGCCUAAUCGCCUUUUGUGCGCUCUCAGAGUCGCGAAAUCUUGAUUAUUGUAACAAGAUUUUGUACAAUACGCAGAACCCAAAUGUGUUUUCUUGGAAUGUGGUCAUUAGAGGGUAUUCGGAGAGCGAGAAUCCGAGAGAAGCAGUUGUGUUGUAUAAGAAAAUGUUGAGAAAUGGUGGGUCGAGACCGGAUAAUUAUACUUACCCGUUAUUGUUGAAAGUUUGUGCUAAUUUAAAGUUGAAUUUUAUGGGUCGCGAGGUUCUUGGGCAUGUAAUGCGAUUGGGUUUAUAUUUGGAUAUGUUCGUUCACAAUGCUGUGAUUCAUAUGCUUGUUUCAUGCAGAAAAUUAGAGGCCGCACGUAAGGUGUUUGAUGAAGGUUGUGUGAGAGAUUUGGUUUCUUGGAAUUCUUUGAUUAAUGGUUAUGUCCGAAGUGGGUUGGCGUGUGAGGCGUUAAGGAUUUAUCAGGAAAUGGAGUUGGAGGGAUUUAAGCCGGAUGAAGUUACAAUGAUUGGAGUGGUUUCUUCAUGUGCCCAACUAGAGGAUUUGAGACUUGGGAGAAAAUUUCAUCGGUUGAUUGAAGAGAAUGGACUAAGUUUGACAGUUCCUCUUGCAAAUUCACUUAUGGACAUGUAUAUGAAGUGUGGGAAUAUUGAGGCCGCUCAAGCAUUAUUUGACAACAUGACAAAGAAAACCAUUGUCUCAUGGACUACAAUGAUAGUGGGAUAUGCCAAAUAUGGGUUUCUGGAAAUUGCUCACAAAUUAUUGUAUGAGAUUCCAGAGAAGAAUGUUGUGCCAUGGAAUGCAAUGAUUGGUGGCUAUGUGCAAGCCAAGCAUAGCAAGGAGGCUUUGGCUCUGUUUCAUGAAAUGCAAGCUAGUAAUAUAAAUCCUGAUGAAAUAACCAUGGUUGGCUGCUUAUGUGCAUGCUCACAAAUUGGAGCACUUGAUGUUGGGAUAUGGAUUCACCAUUAUAUUGAAAAACAUGGUCUUUCUAUAAAUGUUGCUGUGGGGACUGCCCUUGUCGACAUGUAUGCUAAAUGUGGUAAUAUCACAAAGGCUCUCAAGGUCUUCUGGGACAUGCCAGGAAGAAACUCUUUCACUUGGACAGCUAUUAUUUGUGGGCUAGCCCUUAAUGGACAUGCACAUAUUGCCAUAUCUUACUUUGCGGAGAUGAUAAAUACAGGAUUGGUGCCAGAUGAGAUCACUUUUCUUGGGGUCUUAUCAGCUUGUUGUCAUGGAGGUUUGGUUGAAGAUGGUCGUAAGUACUUGUCCUUAAUGACCUCUAAAUUCAAUCUUUGCCCUGAACUUAAACAUUACUCUUCCAUGGUGGACCUUCUAGGCAGGGCUGGUCUUUUGCAAGAAGCAGAAGAGCUUAUCCAUAGCAUGCCAAUCAAGGCAGAUGCUGUGGUGUGGGGUGCAUUAUUCUUUGCUUGUUAUAUUCAUAAAAAUGUUUUGAUAGGAGAAAGAGCCGCUUCCAAGCUUCUUGAGCUGGACCCUCAUGAUAGUGGAAUUUACGUUUUGCUUGCAAAAAUGUAUAGGGAAUCACAUAUGUGGGAGGAGGCAGAGAAGGCACAAAGUAUGAUGAAGGAGAGAGGAGUUGAGAAAACUCCUGGUUGUAGCUCAAUUGAGGUGAAUGGCGCUGUACAUGAGUUUAUUGUUAGAGACAAAUCGCACCCUCAGUCAAAACAGAUAUAUGAUUGUUUGGUUGAGUUAACAAGACAAAUGGAGCUUGUUGGCAGCAUAUCAGAAGUUCCUGCAUUUUGGGAAAAUUCCACCUUGGUGCUGAAUUUUAUGCCACAAGUUUGAUUCAGCAGGUGAAGGAGAAGAGUGCAGAUGAGAAGGCCUCCAUUUCGAACUGUCAGACAAUGUGCAACGAGUGCAUUUCCAGACUGUAGUUUGCUUCGAAGAGUAUCUAAAACCAAACUUGGAGGGGUUCUUACAAGGAAAACAUGGUAGCUGUUCUUAAGCAGCACCAAAAUGUUCUCAAGGUUGCUAGCCAAGUACAUCUCAGUUCCAUCCUAUGCCAAGGGCUUGAAAUGAAUCUGAAGUUAAGUGUUGGGGUAGAUUUGCGUCAAAAAGAGCAUGUCUAAAAAUGCAUGCGGCUUGUGGAGUAGCAAUGAGAAAGAAGAAAGCAAAGUCGAAUUAAUGGGGCCCCACCCCAGGUAGCAAUUGGGACAAAACGCAGCCAGCUUAUUUUUGAUUGCAAACGACACUUCGGCAGACAAAAAGAACAGAGAAUAUUUAUGAUUUGUCCUUCACUUCCCUUGCACGCCAGGUUUUUAUUCCAUCCUCCUCAUCACUCAUUUCAUGUCUGCUCUGCUCUUAUUCACCUAAAGCUUUACCUCUCUCCUUCACAUGCCUGACAGCCUUUGCCAUUUUGGUCAGACGACCUGCUCUUGUCCUUAUCCAUGGCACACCAAAAGCUCAAGUCGCCUAUCAAAAACUAUUGGGGGAAGAGAGAGAGAGAGAGAGAGAGAGAGAGAUGGAAGAAUACAUUUUUUUACCUUCCCUUCUUUGUUUCCCACAUUUGGGGCAAGUAGCGAUCAUGUUGAUAGCAUCACAACUUCAUUUUCAUUGGUU